AUGGCAAGCAGCUCGAAAGCGGACAUGGGAAAUGGCGAGGUCGAGGCUGUAGGAGAGGAGGUUUUCGAAGAAAUGAAGUCGAUACAACAACAAUUUGAGCAGAUGGAAUUAGAACUUGCAAAGCAACGGGUAAAACUUUCUGCUCCAGCUUAUGAAAGACGGCGGAAGGUUUUUGAGAAAAUUCCAAAGUUUUGGACAACCGUCUUCAUGAAACACCCCGUCAUCGUCCAUUGGUUGGAUUACGAUGACUCCGAGGUCAUCCAAAAUCUCAAGGAAUUGAUCAUUGAAAAGGAUGAACAAAAUUUGGAAAAUUACAAGAUCAUCUUAACAUUUAACAAGAAUUCCUAUUUCUCCAAUACCGAGCUUACCAAGGAAUUUUCGAUGGAUGCAGAUGGAACGCGACAUAUAAAAAGUACCGAGAUUAUUUGGCAUGAGGGCAAGGACUUCACAAAGAAACGUAAGAGCGAUGAUGAUGCCGACCAAGGCUUGAUUCGAUGGUUCUCCGACACCAGUACCGACGACAACUCUUGGGAAUUGGGAAAAACGAUUAGAGAUGACUUAUAUGGCGAUGCCUGGAUGCAUUUUAAUUUGGAUUACGAAGAAGAGGAUGAUUUAGAUCCAGAGGAAGAAAUCGACUUGGAUGAUUAUCCGGAUGACUCGGACGAUGGUACGAAUCCGCCGACUGAAAAAUUUCGAUUGAACGAAUUUCAUACUUACCUACAUUCUUUCGAUGUACCAUAG